UUAUUUAUUUAUUUAUUUGUUUUUUUUUGUAGUUUCGUUUUUUGUUUUUCCUCUGCGCGCGCUCCGGAAGUGUGCAGAUGGAGCCCCGCGCGAACUUCUCUGUCCUCCACAGAGUCUGCGCUCUGGUGGUGGCCCUGUGCACAAUCCACCUGUCCGUCAUGCUGCUGUUCUACCUGAGGAGCACGGGCGACGAGAGCGAGCACGCGCCCCCCUCGCCCGGCAACUUCACGCUCAGGACCCUCAGGAAGGGGCACAGCGCGAGCACGAGCACUAUGACGAGCACGAGCACAGCAAUCCCUACGACUCAAGCGCUGGAGAAGUGCCCGGACACUUCCCCCCUCUUAGUGGGUCCUAUAAAUGUGGACUUUUCACAAACGAUCAAUUUGAAUGAGAAGAGGCAGGACCCGAAGGUGUCUGUGGGUGGACGGUACAAGCCACGAGAAUGUGUGUCACUCCAGAAGGUGGCGCUCAUCAUACCGUUCAGACACAGAGAGGAGCACCUGAAGCACUGGCUUUAUUACCUUCACCCAUUUUUGCAGAGACAACAGCUGGAUUAUGGAGUCUAUGUGAUCGAGCAGGAUGGUGAGAACACGUUUAACCGUGCUAAGCUGCUGAACGUGGGCUACGCAGAGGCUCGGAAAGAAUACGACUACGACUGCUUUGUCUUCAGUGAUGUUGACAUUAUCCCUCUAGAUGACCGAAAUACCUACCGCUGCUUUGACCAACCACGUCACCUUGCAGUGUCCAUGGACAAGUUUGGUUUCAGGUUGCCUUACAACCAAUAUUUCGGAGGUGUGUCGGCAAUGAGUAAAGAACAGUACCUGAAAGUCAACGGCUUCCCCAACAACUACUGGGGCUGGGGCGGAGAGGACGACGACAUCUACAACAGGUUGACAUUUCGAGGGAUGUCUGUGUCUCGGCCUGAUGGCGUUGUUGGACGGUGCAAGAUGAUUCAGCACGUAAGAGACAACAAGAACGAACCAAACCCUCAGAGGUUUGACAGAAUUGCUCGCACGAGACAAACCAUGGACAGCGAUGGCAUCAACAGUCUGACCUACAGAGUGGUGAGGACAGAGAAGGACCAGCUGUUCACCAAAAUCACUGUGGAUAUUGGCAAACCUUGACCUUCUGCUGGCCUUCAAACUUUCAAACCAAGAGUUCUUACAGUUGCUUUAAGCCACUUGGCGGAGUAACCGUGGAGCGCUACACCAAGGAAGCUAUCAUUUUCUAGAUGGAAGAGUAUUUGAAUGUAAAUGAAGGAGGACAUCAAACUGUCUUUAUAAUGCAAACUAACCAAAAUCCUACUCAGACACAUUCGGUGAGUGAAACCAACGGUGUCCUGAACCAGUUCAGGAGCACCACGGCACUACUUAGCAGAGCUUUAUUAAUAAUGUGACUGAAGGGAGCAAAAAGAGAGAGAUGGUAACGUCAGCGUGAGCUACUCAACCAGCUGGGUUGAUCUCAGUGGACAUAGAGCUCAUUUAUGACUGAAGAGAUCAAAAAAA